UGUGGACGCACACAGAUUUGAAAGCAGAAAACCGGACUUAACAGAGAAAGUUGAUGACCGCCGCCGUGACACCCGUUAUCUCCAACUGAGGGUUUCGGUUUUGUCGAGCCAUCUAACCCAAAGAAAGUUUGGAUUUCCUUCGUAGCAUACCCCUCAGAGGUAAACACCGCUUUAGAGGAAGGUAACACUGUACUCCUCAUCACUCAUCCAGUACCAGCAAUGGACAAGAAGUCUUGUCCUGAGGGAAAAAAGUGGGACCACUUGGUCCACACGUGUGUGUCCAGCAAGUCACUAAUGGGACCUAACACUGAUCCACCAAAAGGUCUCCCCCUGACUGCUGUGAACCAGCUCGAAGCCAUAAACACCACUGCCAAGCCCAACUCACUGGUGGUGCUGAGUCCGACUCUGUGGAUUUUUGUGGUCCUGGUCGUAGUGGGGUCCAUCUUGGCUCUAACUGUCUGGUUUAUCAUAUGGAAACGGCAGACCAGACGCAGCAGCACCUGCGAGAAUGGCAUUCUAGGAGUGAAACUUCUUCAGAACGCUGCACCACCUGCCAAAUUACACCCACUGCCCCCAGAAAAAAAUGGCCAAGCUGAGAUAUUUCAGAGUGUGGCAGAGGCCCCUUCACUCUGCUUUCACGUGACCCCGGGGAGCCAAACAGGCUCAAAGUGGGAAGACGACUUCACCGCUACCAGGGACCUCCCGAUGAGCGCUGGAGCAGAGGCGGGCGGAGGUUCGCCUGCAUGCAGCACAAUGGCAGAACACAGAAUCCCGCUUCCUGCCACAGAGCUGGGUGGCACUGCGUUAGUUACAACUAAAACCAUGUAGGGUGUAUGGUUGUACUUUUUAAGCAUGUUGUGGGGGAAUACAUUUGUUUACUUAGUCACAUUGUGGCCACAAAAAAGCAAGUCCUCACAACGUCAUUAACCUUUAGAGUGAUGACUUGGCUUCAGGUUAGGGUAAGAGUUUCAUGAAAUGUCAGGUUGAAGCAAUAUUCUCGAAAGAGAUGAAAACACAAGUGUGCAUCCUUAAAAACCUAUAUUCCCUGCAUUUAUUCUGCACGUUGUACUCAGCAUACUGAGAUUUCUUUGUUUCUGCCAUGUUUUUAUGGUUUUUUUAAAUGGCAUUGCAAUUUUCUGCAGCUGUUUUAUUUCUCUGCACUGCUUAUGUGUAAAAAUACCACGUGACUGUGUGUAUUUUG